AUGGCCGGCACAGAAUCACCUAUAGAGGACACAAAAAAGUCUCUCCUGCAGAGGGCCAAAGCUUGGGGAGAAAACCCGUUUCCACCGACUCUAUUAGCAACCCUCAUCACUGCGCAGCACGCCCGUCCCCUUCAGCCGCUACCGCUGCUAUUCGCCCCGAUCCUGCUGACCACAAGCUAUGCGAAUGUGCUGGGCUUUAGGACCGAUGGUGCGGGGAUCAGCGCUGCCUGGUCAGGGCUUUAUCUGCUUCUCGCUGGUCGGCGACGACAGCCGUUCAUGAAGAAAUGGGGCGCUCGUGGCAUUGUUCGCGGCCUGACUAUGGGUCUUUGUUUCGUCAAUUUGGUCGGCGGUGGAAUCGCCUAUACAGCCGGAAAGAGAGAAGACAAGGAAGAGUAA